ACGUGGGAAACAGUCUUGAUUUGUCGAAAAGCCAAGAGUUGGCCGCUGGCUUCAUGCACUUGGCCCGUUCACUGUCAGGGACUUGACGUUGGUCGAUCGUAGAAGUGGUUUUUCUGCCCCCUCUCGCCGAACCAUCCAACAGAGGAUAUCGACACUAAGCCCCUUUUAGCUCUAGCUAGCUAGAGACCCCAAGUGCUUUGUCCGCCAGUUCCUUGUUGUGCAAGAUGGAAUCAACGCCAUCCCUACUAGAGACCACAUCUACCAAUACUCAGGAAAGCGUUGGUAGCGAUGCUGCAGUUCCUCCGCUUCAUCUCCUGUUGGAUGCAGGCUAUGGAAUACCACGUGAAGCUCGACCUCGACAGGAAAAAGUUCUGGCCAUUGCCAAGCAGAUUGCCAACUUUUUGGCAUGGCAAUGUCAACAGCAGGAUUCUUCUUGUAGCUUACGGGCACCAGUGACGGUUGUUGGCUGUCCCAAUGACGACAUGAAGACCGCUCUCUUGGAACGGCUGAAACAGCUUUGGGGGGAUACUACUGAAAUCGGGAGGCAAUCGGCUGAAAGACCAACUACUGUCGGUGAAGAAAGCUCUGGGAACAAACGUCUCCCGCCACAUUUCUCCUUUGCCAAAGAUUUGGAGCAUUCCAAUGAGCUGCUUCAAAAUGCCGUUUACUUGUCCCCUGAUGCAUCCUCCGCUUUGGAUCCAUGUGGAGCUCCUCCCUCCAAAGUCAUUGUUGGACUACUCAUUGAUCGACGAAUCCAACCCAAUCGAAGUCUCAAUAGAUCCGAAAAGUUGGAGAUACCUCCCCGUAGGUGGCCAAUGGAAGUUAUAGAGGACUAUCACCACCCCCAAGAACCACUCAAUGUGGAUACCAUCUUGGAAGCUCUACAGCAGUGGUCAUGGAAUCACGAGGGCAGCAGCACAACCCAAGAACGUCACGUCCAAGAUGACACACCGUUCCGUCGGGCCUCCCUUCAAGCGUUCCAACAUCAUGCACAGAGACAUCCUGCACGGCCGAAACAUAAACCAUGAACUACUUCCAACUAAAGAAUCUCUUCCAGCCUUGCUUCCUAUGCGCCAACUUUGCACAAACUAGCUGUCUCAUGCAAUUGCUCGGGCUCACACGCUGGCAUCCAUUGCAUGAUACUCUUGUACCCGUAGAACCCCUAUAAUCAUGUUGAUCUUGGCUUCAAUACUGUCAAUCUUGUCUUCUACUGUGCCA